GAGUCUAUCGAGCAGGUGGUGGGGAUCGCACAGCAGUGGCGUAACGAGGGUGGGCAGUUCCAGAUCGCGGCGGAGCAGAUGCGCGCGUUCCCCGAGCAGGCCAAGAGUCUGAUGGUGGCAGCAGCGUCGAGUGCCGGUCAGGGUGAAAGCUCAAGGGCCAAGGCGGGCGCGAACAGCACCAAGGGCGGCCAUGGAGAGGAGUGGGGCGAGCAGUCGUGGACCUCGUCGACGUGGUGGAGCAAGGUAGGCAACGCAGCCGACGCCAGUCCAGCGCGCCAAGGAGAUCGAGAUCCAUGGCAGCAGGACGGACGAGACCCGUGGGACCAAUCGCGCAGAUCAGACGGCUGGAAGGACAAGUCCAGCGGCUGGAGGGACCAAUCCGACGGCUGGAAGGACAGGUCCGACGGCUGGAAGGACAGGUCCGACGGGUGGAAGUAUAGCAGCUGGGAGAGCCGGGACUGGAACGAAGGCAAGUGGGGCGAUCAGUCGAACACCGAGAAGUGGAAGAACGACGAGAAACCCCGCGGGAAGGACUUCGCCGAUCCUGAGGCGUGGCCCGGUAGGCCAGAGUUCAAGCUUUGGCGAAGAAAAGUGAUGCGCUGGAGGCAAACUACAGAUGUGGAGACGCACAAGCACGCGGGCCGCAUCAUGAAACUGUUGCUGAUCAACCUUCAGCGCAAGCUAGAGGACAUCACGGAUGAUGAUUUGAUUUCAGACAGCGGCGCCGACAAAGUCAUAGCUAGGCUGGAUUUGGCUUUCGACAAGGUCGGCACCCUCGGCCUUCCUCUACCCGAUGAUUGGACAGAAAUGUUUCUGGAAGAGGGGGUUGGCCUGGGCGAGCGCUGCACUCAGUUGAUGCAGAUCCAGAUGCGAACCGAGGACUCUUACCAGGGGGCGCUAGCGGCCAUCCGCGAGAUGGACGUGACCAGGCGCGAGCACUUGAGUUAUCAGGGGUCCAGAGCGUGCCAUGUUGAGCAGCCAGAGGUCGUCGAGCAAAGUUUCCCUGUACAUGUGCCCAACUCCGCGGACGACCAUGACGCGGGCUCGCUACUCGACCGGGGCGACGUACCCUCGCUUGACACGGAAGGCGAGGCAGAGAUAUGCGUGGCACUGGACAAGAUGGACCUCUACGACGACGAACUCAAGUACGUUUUCAAUUCGAUGCAAGAGGAAAGACGGACAACGUUGAAGCAGAAUCGUGAUUUGAAAAGGAAGCUCGAAAUAGAUCGUCAAUUCUUCGACCGCUCCAGGGAGAUCGAGAUCAAAG